AUGGUGGUGUACCUCGCCAUGGCCGCCUGGGCGGCCAUCGGGCUGGUGUUCAACUCGCGCCUCUCGUCCAUGAUGGCCACGGCGCUGGCGCCCACCGGCGCGCUCAUGACCUUUCUCGCGCUGUGGACCGGCGCGCUCUGGGGCAAACCGACCUGGGGCACCUGGUGGGUGUGGGAUGCGCGGCUCACCUCCGAGCUGGUGCUGCUCUUCCUCUACAUCGGCUUCAUGGCGCUGCACAGCGCGAUCGACGACACGCGCCGCGCCGACCGCGCCGCCGGUCUCCUGGCCAUCGUGGGUGUGGUCAACCUGCCCAUCAUUUAUUUCUCGGUGCAGUGGUGGAACACCCUGCACCAGGGUGCGUCGGUGACGUUCACGGAAGCCCCCAGCAUGGCCACGCCCAUGCUGAUGGGCAUGCUGGUGAUGGCGCUGGUCUGCUGGAUGUACUGCAUCGCCGUGGCACUGGCCCGGGUGCGCCUGAUCAUGCUGGAGCGCGAACGCCACACCGGUGUGGGCGCGACAGGCAUUGGGGACUGCAUGAACUGGAUUAACUUUGGCGAUUUUCUGGAGAUGGGCGGCUACGGCCUUUACGUGUGGGGGUCGGCUGGGCAUGUGUGCUGCAACCGUGGUGGCCGAGCUCAUGGUCAUCCGGUUUCGCCGACGUUUGCUGGCACAGGAAGCGGGUGA